AUGGAAGACGAGCGCUACGAGCGGGAAACAGUCCGUUUUUUGUCGGAAAUCGAAAACGAGAUCAUUGCCGACGACAGCAACGACAACAACGGCGUCGCCGACAAGAACGUCGACGACGACAACGAUGAUGACGAGGAUGCCGACGACAACAACGACGCAAACAACGACGACGACGACGACUACGACAACGAUGAUGACGAGGAUGCCGACAACAAUAACGACGACGACGACAACGACUACGAUGAUGACGAAAAUGCCGACGACAACAACGACGCCGACAACGAGAACGACGACACCGAUGACGAUGGAGCAAACGAACGCCCCGUGAUUAUUUCGGAAACAAAAGAUUCUAUACCCCUCAAGACCUAG